AUGCUUGUUGAAUAUGGAAAUGAUCACUCAAUUUUACCAUUACAAAAGCCAAAAGGAGUUACAGGGUAUAGCUCAGCAGAUGAUGUUCAGUCAGACCCUGACCUGACUGGUCCAGUGGCCAAAAUGGUCAAAUUCGACUCCGAGGAGACCUCUGAUUUGCGAUGUGACACCUGUGGGGCUGUCUUCUGUAACCUGACCCAAUUCAUGGAUCACCGAAAUUUUGAGUGUUCACCAGCAACUGGGAAUGAAACUCAGUGGACCAUUGAGAAUUUGGCAGUGAACAUGGCACAACCCGAUUCUCCUUUGUCGUGGGAUUCUGGAGAUGAGGGACUGAGUCUGGAAAUGCCCUUGUCACCAGGGCUAGAGAACCUCACCCCUGAGGAUGUCCCCGGAGUGGUAGGUGUAUCCCAGACUAACCCUUACGGUUGCCACUUCUGUGAUAAGGCGUUCAUCAGACAGAGCUACUUAAAGAUUCACGAACAGAUACACGGUGACCAGCUACCUUUCAAGUGCUCAGUGUGUAACAGAAGAUUCCGGCACAAGCGCAGCAGAGACCGUCACGUAAAACUCCACACUGGAGAGAAAAAGUAUAAAUGUACCCAAUGUCAGGCAGCUUUUGUUAGGAGUGACCAUCUGAAAAGCCACAUGAAAACUCAUGAAUCUACCAAAGUCAGUUUCCAGUGUGAAAUCUGCCAGUUGACAUUUCCCAGCCUUGACCUUAUGAUGUCACACAUGGCCACCCAUGAGCAGUCACCAGAAAGGAAAGGCAUGGACCUGAAAUGCAUGUAUUGCCCUCUUGUAUUCACCACUCUGUCUGACUUCAGACAUCAUCUGAUAGACCAUGAGAAGGUUCCCAGUCAGAAUUGCCUCUGUUCCCUCUGUGGCAGUGUAUUUCCAUCCCAAGAAGACUUAGAUAAUCAUGUGGAAAAAGUGCAUUUGGAUGAAUCAAGGAAUAAAUGUCCAUUAUGUUCAGAGGUCUUUUUGAAUCUGUUUGACCUGUAUGCUCACAUGAGCUCUCAUGGGAGUGAAAUCAAAAGUCAAGGAGCAGGUCAAGUGAAAUCAUUGCCAGGAUCUUCUCUGCAGGGAGAGGUUUUGGUGUGUCCCUAUUGCUUUUGCAGUGACUUUGAUACCCUUGAAGUCCUAGAGAUUCACAUGCAAAGUGUUCACUCUGUUAAACCUGCUGAGGUUUACACUUGUAACUAUUGCAAUGCUCCUUAUAAAAACUUGUAUAGUUUACAUGAACACAUGAGGGCUGUUCACCAAAACCAACCUUGUCUAGACAUCAAGUAUCCAUGUUCCCUCUGCUCAAGGCAGUUUGGUAGCAUAGAGACGCUCAUACAACACAAGAGAGCUCUACACCCAAAUGAGCACCGAAAAUCAAAGGCUGAACUUUUGAAGCAUGCUAUGUUGGAACAGUGUAGACCUGAGCCAGCAGGAAAGCAAAAGAAAGUUCACAUGCAAACAAGUCUUAAAAUACCAACUCCAAGAAAGACAAACUUUACAAACUCAAACUACAGAGGAACCGAGCAGAGGAAUGAGGAAAUAACUUGUGAGCAGUGUAAUGCUCGAUUUCAUGAUUAUCUCCAUUAUCAGAACCACAUGAAGAUGCACUUGGAGACAAAGGCUCCAGUGAAGCUUCAGGAGGCACUUUCCUCCCCAGGGUUGAACUCUGGAGUGUCUCCCGUGUCUGUGUCAUCAGCUUUGUCACCAGGUGUCUCUGGUGUGCCAUGUAAAAACUGCAAUCUCCGAUUUCCAAAUGAAGAACAACUGGAGAAACACAGUGUGUCUCACUACCUUAGUGUGUCCACUGAAUAUGGUUGUACAACAUGUGUGAAACUGUUCUCCAAACCUGAUGAGCUUCAGAAACAUUUAAUGGACAUACAUGCUCAUCAUCUGUACAGGUGUGCAUUGUGUAAGGAGAUUUUUGAUUCUAAGGUCAAUAUUCAAGUCCAUUUUGCUAUAAAACACAGCAAUGAGUGCAAACUGUACAGAUGUACAAAGUGUGAUGCAGUAUUCAGAACAGAGAUGGAAUGGAGUGUCCAUCUACGAGUCAACCACCUUCAGAUUGCUAAACCUUACAGGUGCUUGUUUUGUAAGGACAGUUUUUCAUCAGAGAUGGAGCUUCAGUGUCACCUGACCACUCACAGUAGACCAUUCAAAUGUUCAAUGUGUUCCGAGUCAUUCCAUGUAGAGUACCUGUUAGAUAAGCAUGUACAAAGUGUCCACUCAACAGAGGAGGGGGAUAGAACACAGACACCCUCCCAGCAUGGCUCAGAAAGGGCUACUCCCAAAUCGCAGCAUUCACCAGCUGUCAAGAUCAAGACUGAAAAGGAUAUAAUGGAUCUGAACUAUGGUGGCAGUAAGGAGCCCCUUUCUGAGAGUUUCUUUUCUUCUCGUGCUAGUCCAGGGAUUUGGAAGUCGUCAGAUUUAACCUUCACAUGUAAUAUCUGCGACAUGAAGUUCUCUCAUCACCCUGCUCUCCUUAGUCACAAAGCUCAUGACCAUGGUCUCUCAGCUAUUCUUAAGGCAGUCAGUGGCGAACAAGACACCAAACCCCAGCCUCUGCAGGAAAAUUGCCAGAAUCUUGAAAAAGAUAAGAGUCCUGGCCCCCUUCUCAAUAAGGACAGAAUGUCAUUGUCACCUGCUGAAAUGUCCUCUCCAAUAUCUAAGUCCCUACCUGUCUUUAUCUCACCUGAGAGAAUCUCCAUAUCCUGCAUGUAUUGCAGUCAGACUUUUAAAAACAGACAUGAAAUGGACAAACACAUGAAGAUACACCUCAACAAUGGGGAUGAAAAAUGCAAUAUUUGUGACAGGGUGUUCCCAACACCAAGCAUCCUUGCAGAGCAUAAGCUCACUCACUGUAAGAUAAAGGAGGGCAAUGUUUGUGUCCUCUGCAAGGUGGCUUUGAAGUCCGAAGAACAGUUCUAUAUUCAUACUCAAGAACAUGGCUUUCAAAGCACUUAUAUACAGUGUCUUAUCUGUCGCCAAACACUUGUGUCAAUGGUGGAACUGCAGAUGCAUGGCAGACAUCAUUUUCAGUCUACCAACAGCUCCUUCACUUGUUGCGUCUGUCUUGAAGCAUUCAAAUCCAAGGAGACCAUGGUCUCUAAAGUAAACAGUAGUGGUCGUAACUAUUUUGUCUGUAAGAUGUGCUAUCAUGGCAGUAAGUCAUUAUACCACUGUGACACUUGUGGAGAUAGCUUUGUGAACCCUCUUCAGCUAGAGGCACAUGUUGUCACUCACCAUGGCAACAAACAGGAGUACACCUGUCACAGAUGUCAAGCUACAUUCCAAUCAAGUCUGCUAUUGAAGGCUCACAACUUAUCCCAGCAUGCCUCUGAAUCCACAAGUGAGUUUUCUUGCACUCAUUGUCCAGCCUCUUUUUCAACUCAUUCUCAAUUGGAAUCUCAUCAUCAAACACACAGAAAAUCUUACACUUGCAUCAAAUGUCAGGAAUCAUUUGACUCAGAACAAGAAAUUCAGCUUCAUGUGGCAACCCAUGUCAUGAAGGAGGGCAAUGUUCAUGAGUGUAAGCUCUGUUUUCUUAGCUUCACGUCACCUGCUAAGUUGCAAUGUCAUCUUAUACAGCACACAUACCAGAACUCUGAGUACAGAUGUAGUGUAUGCUGUCAUGUUUUUACCACUGCUGCAGAUAUUCAGCAGCAUGCUGUAGAGCAUGGACUAGGUGCCAGGAGAUAUGCCUGUCCAAAUUGCUGCCAAAAGUUCUUUUUCAGUGCAGAGUUGGAGAAUCACCAGAUCAGUCACCAUGGUGGCCAGGAUGACAAUAACACAGCAAACAAACAGCCCUUAAAGAAUGGAAAGGAGAUGAAAAUUAAAAAAGAAAAUCUGUACAAUGUUCCUUUGUUACAUGAUGCUUCACAUAAAAAGCUAAAUGGUAAAUCUACAGAACUUCAUUGCCCAGCCUGCUCACAAAUAUUCUUCAAAUUAUCAGAGUUGACAAAUCAUAUCCAAGAGCACUGUGAAGAAGCAGGGAAUGGGGAGUCAGACACCAGUCCUAAUGGAGAUUUCAAGAGUUGUCCUGCCUGUGAGAGUCAGUUCACAAACCUGAGAGAUCUUCAAGAUCAUUUAAAAACUGAUCACAGUGAUACCAAACUAAUCUGCAGUAUUUGUAAGAAGACUUUUACCCACUCCAAGACCCUCAAACUUCACAUGCGUUUACACAAUGCCAGUAAGGGUUACGAGUGCACUGUCUGUCACAAAAGGUUCACAAGAAAAGAAAACCGCAAGGCUCACAUGAAAACUCACAAAGGACUGAAAUCUACUUUAUUCCAGUGUUUAGCAGAGACAAAUGAAAAACCUGUGGAAAUGUUGAAUACUGGAAAUGAAAUGACAGAGCUGGCAUCAGAGACUGAAUUAUUGGCCAUGAAUGGUGUUGAAUAGUUAGUUAGUGUUUUUAUAAUGAUAAAAGUGCUAUAUUUUGAUAUUGUUGUAAUUCAUAAUUAUGUAUAAACCAAUCCAAUGUAUAAAAUUUAUGUGUAAUAUUCAUAUUAUCAGAUGUAUUCAUUUUUAUCUACAAUUUCCAAGAACUGACAA